CUUUAAAGCACCAGUGAGUCCAUGGCUUGUGUUGGAAAGUCUGAGUCUUUUCAUCUAAAGAAAUAUCUCAUUUUUAAACAGUUGUCUCUCUUGAACAGUGUUUAGUAUUUAAGGGAGGUAAAAUAAUAUCAAAAGUGAAAGUGAAAUUCUCCAUUUCAGUAUAAAAGCUGAUCCACAAACAGCAGAGCCCCAGACCGCACCUUGGCUUCAAGAUGGCUUCGCCACACCAAGAGCUGAAACCUGGAGACCUGAUUGAGAUUUUCCGCCUUGGCUAUCAGCACUGGGCCCUCUAUGUGGGUGACGGCUACGUGAUCCAUCUGGCUCCUCCAAGUGAAUACCCCAGAGCUGGCCCCUCCAGUGCCCUGUCAGUCCUAGACCGCAAUGCAGUAGUGAAGCAGGAGCGCCUGGAGGAUGUGGUGGAAGGCUGUAACUAUCGGGUCAACAACAGCUUGGACCGUGAGUACAGACCACGGCCCAUUCAGGUGAUCAUCAGUUCUGCGAAGAAGAAGGUUGGUCAGAAGAUGGAGUACAAUAUUGUGAGAAGGAACUGUGAGCACUUUGUUACCGAGCUGAGAUAUGGCAAGUCCCGCUGUAAACAGAACAGAUGUCCUCACCUGGAAGCUGUCUCAAAAGGAUCUCAUCAGCCCAUUCUCAGGACAAGCCCAACACCAAGAAGUGGUCACAGCCCAGAAAAAUGGAGACCCCGGGGACACAGCCAACAGCUUCUCUGGGAGAGGAUUCUGAGCCAGCCAGCGGGGAGGGGAGAAGACAGGAGAUGCCAGGCCGUAGGGGAGGCAGGACAGCAAGGAGAGGGAGAGGAGUUCCAGGCCCUUGGGAGGGAGAAAGUGCCAGCGUGGGCUUGCUGUGAAUCUCAACAAAAGCUGCUUGCUUUGCAGGUGGAAAGCACGGUUGACAAAGGUGUGGUCAUGAUUAUUCUUGGAAUUGUUCUUGGAAGCUCUUUUGCGAUUGGGAGAUACCUAAACCAGUGACAACCUGAAGCAGUCACAAUAUCCUGUGUUAGAAGCAGCUGUGGAGGUCCCAGUGGAAAUGGGCCUCCCCACGCCUCCAGUAGCCUGACCCUUGCUCUCUGUCUCGGGCUGUCUCUAGCUCCUUUCCUCUCUGUUUCCUUCUCUUGCUGGCUAAAGGAUGAUCUAAUUGAAACAAGACUGAAGGAUCAAUAAACAUCCAUUUACCCCUUCAGAAAGGACUUCUA